AUGGAUUCAUCAAGCUCUAUGGCCACGACAUUGACGCGACCGCGAUUCGCCAUAGCCCUUGUCUCCGCAGUCGCUGCCUUGAGCCUCGGUGUAUACCUCUAUCGAGAGUCUAGUGCAGAAUCGGUGGGCCCGACUGGCCUGCAUCGCAGUAAUGCUGUCCGCAGACGGCGACCGCCACGGCGACGUGCGGCCUCGACAGCUUCGACCACCUCUGCCGAAUCACACGACGAUGCCGACCAAGACCGUGAGAAUCGCCUCGAGAUUGACGGCCGCGAGUCUCGCGACGGCUCGGUGAGGCCACCGGCAGAUGGAGAGACGAUAGCCGAUGAGCUUGUGCCAGAUUGGUGGGACGAUGCACAGCCGCCGCUCGAACGCGCCGGCCAGAACAUGGUCAGCCUGCUGUUCAGGGUCUCGGAGGACAACGCACGCCGGAAUUCCUACGUUCACCGAGGCUGCGCAUGCAACGCUUGUGGUAUAGUGCCCAUUCGCGGAGUGCGGUAUCGGUGCGCCAACUGCGCCGACUUUGACCUCUGCGAGACGUGCGAAUCCCAGGGCUUGCACAUCAAGACACACAUCUUUUACAAGGUCAAGGUACCUGCGCCGCCUUUUGGUCCUCGUCAAAUGCAGCCCGUUGUCUAUCCCGGUGAUCCAGACAAUUGCCAACGGAUUCUACCUCGCGAACUGAUGAUAAAGCUUUCUCGAGAGACUGGAUUUGAGCGGCCAGAGCUUGAGACUUUCUGGGAGCAAUGGACCUUCAUCGCGAACACAGAAUGGAGGGACGACCCGGAUGACCUGUACCUCGCCAUGGACCGCAAGACUUUUGAGCGUUGCUUGGUGCCUUCUGGAGGUUACAGGAAUGCAUCGCCAAACCUGAUACACGACCGCAUGUUUGCCUUUUAUGACACCAACAAGGAUGAUCUUAUCGGCUUUGCCGAGUUCCUUCACGGUCUCGCAUACAGGAAACGGCCAGAUAAGCUAAGGCGCAUCUUUGAAGGUUACGACGUCGAUGGCGAUGGCUAUGUUGACAGGCGGGACUUUUUACGUCUGUUCAGAGCAUACUACGUCUUAUUCAAACAAAUGCACAAGUACAUCCUGGAGGGCCUGGAGGACCAGGUUUUGAGUAGCACAGAGGGUCAUCAGCUUGUUACUAGUAGACAACCUCUCAGCAGCUUCUUUGGCCGCGAGGGUCCUGUUCCCGACGCCGACCAAGACAGGGUUAUGGAGGGCAAAGUAUUCCAUCACAACGGUGAUGUUGCUUUAGCUGGAGACAAGACGGGCGCUGUCAACGAGAACAUACCGGAUACCUCGUCUCGUGAGGACAUCUUGGUGAACCUUUUCAGUCGCGGUAGUCAACCGCAGCCUUUCUUCGUGGAGCCUCUGUUCUCUCCGGACGAACCCGCAGGGCCUCAAUCGCCGCGCACAGGCAGCCUUGCUGAGAGGUAUCCUGACGCUUUGCUCAACCCUCCUAGAAGCGUCCAGGAGCUUCAAUCAGUUAUCACCGAUGAACCACGGAACACGCUCGACAGCUUCCUGCAUGCUUUUGAGGAACGCGAUCGUGAGGACCAAGCUGCAGAAGGUCAAUCCGUCGCCAAUGGGGAGUCAAGCAGCAGUGGACAAGUCUUUGGGGAUGGAAAUAACGCGCAGACCUUGUUGUCUCCCACUGCCGAACCGACCAGAAUGGGACCGUUGCGAAGACUUCUUGGUGACGACGAUGACCAGCGUCUGCACUAUUCACAUGAAGCAGAUGAACAGGAUGAGCGAUUGCGCGCACGGAACACGAGAAGAACCAGGAUUGUUGCCCGCAAAAAGCUGAUUGAGAGGUGGAAGCGGCGCCAGUUCUAUCUAGACGAAGAGGAGGGCGCUAGUGCGCCGGAGGGUUGGAACCCGUCGGACGACGUUCUUGCCACGGCUGGGCCUUCGGAUGAGAUAAAUGCUCGGGGGAAGAAUCAUAAAGAGCCUAGCCGUCGGACAUUGUCACCAAGGUCGAGGUCGUCCUCCAAGGUUAGAUUUGCCGAAGACACAGAUGACUAUGAGAUCCGUUCGAACCCGUCCACUUCCUCCAGGAGCGUGCCUGAGCGCUGGGGUGGCAUGGAGAUACCCGAUGCCGAGAGGGAUGCAGGAAAGGAGAUACUAUACCAGGUCACGCAACAGGCUUUCAACGAGCUUUUGGAUGUUCUCUUCAAGAGAAAGGAAGAUCUGGCUGUUAGGGCGGCCGCAACAAGGGCCGACCGUGACAAGUACCGAAAAUACUUUGAGAAUGUCAGCUUAGACCCGGAAGACGGGCUGAACCAGCCUACCAAGGCGUCACCCGAAGCUACUCAGGCGGAGACCGAGAAUCAACACCCGGAGCCGGAGAUGCCUGCCGAUACGCUGGCAGCUGGUAUUGGGCGAAUCCCCGAGCCUGUUGAAAUCCAACCCUCCAACGAGGACAUGGUGUAUCUACAGUCGCAGACCCUACUGAUGGGAGAUGAUACUGCCGCCGAACAAAAUGAUGCUCCAAAUCCCAUCGAAGACUCGCCUCACUUUGAUCCCACCAUGCCUCAGUUCCGGCCCAAUAGCGACGCAGAUGUUGCGUAUUUCGCUCGACAAAUUGAUAGACUCGUUUUAAACCACCGCCACUCCGUGACGGCAGAACACGAUGCCGACGACAGCGGCGAGUCGACGUCCGCAGAGGAUGCCGAGUCCAUUGCGCAGCGCGACAACGAGGUGGAGGAGAACGAAGACGCACCUCCGUUCACACAGUACGUGCUGAGAGAGUGGAAGAGGCUCGACCUGGCUGAGGCGGAACAGCGGAAGCGCGGCGGUUGGGGCAAACUCAGCUACGAAGAGUUUGAGGAGAUUUAUCGACGCGAAGAGAGACAAUCGAGCAGACUUGACUACCUGGGCAGCUGGAUCGACGUGUGUAUUCCAUACAGCUAG